AUGGUAAAGGGAACCGUGAAACGUAGUCCGACGCCCUCAGCGCUUCGUAAGAAAAAGGCGCAGCAGCGGAUUCGCAAGAAGAUGAAAGCAAAACUUGAGAGGAAGAAACCUAACUGGAAAGUAGCUCUUGCCAAGACAUAUACAAAAGGUAGCCGUGAUCGCGUGUCUACGGAUCCCCAAAGAAGGUCUGAUCGCAGAACUAAUAGUAGCUUGCCAGGUCGUAAGAGGGAGCGCAGCGGUACUGACGCAGAGACUGAGAAGGGGUUCAAUGAUGAGGGUGGUGAGGAUCCCGAUAUUGAAGUUCAAAGCGAUGUUGAUGAGGAAAAGCAGGAGCUCCUGAACCAGCGCGAUCCGCUUAAGACACAACUUUUUCUAAAGAACCUUCCCCUCGAUACCAACGAGGACGAACUCGUAAAUUACUUCGCACACCAUUUUGGUCCCAUCAAACGUGUUCUAUUGGUACGCAAUCGCCUCAGCAAAAUGCUUACUGGGACAGGUUUUCUUCAUUGUGGCUCUACCGAAAUGGCUGACAAAAUCUUCGAUUUCGCUCAGCAGAACGCUCGAGAGUUGUCGUCAUCGAGUCGAGAGGAGCUUAAAGAAAAAACGGUGGGGAUGUCUCACCACCAAGCUAAACGCCUGAGGUUUAAGCUUCGAACCGACAGCUGCAUUACUCGGGAUCCCUUUCUGGAGCUGCGGGAGUCGAAAUUCACGGUGCAUCGUGUGCUAACACGCUCUGAUACACAGGAGGCGGCAAGUGCCCUAGAAAAGAAGAAGAAACGCACAAAGGUUGCUGCCGAUGAUCCGCGAAAUCUUUAUUUACUCCAAGAAGGCCUUAUCCUGCCCAACACUCCAGCUGCGCGGAGUCUCCACCCACGUUACUUACAAAUGAUUCAAGACGACUACGAGGCGCGCAAGUUGCAACUCCGUAAUAACAACUACUUCGUUAGCAAGACUAGGCUAAGCGUGCGGAACCUUCCACGUACAAUGACAGAGAAUGAUAUGCGUCGCCUCUUUGCUCAGCAGGUGCGAGAAUACCUUAAGACGCACAAGGAAGAUAUGGAGCGGGAGAAGUUUGGAAAGUACGGCCCUAUCAAAAACAUUAAGGUUUUGAGGGACUCCGCUGGAGUUUCUCGUGGUUAUGGGUUUAUUGAGUUCGUGAAUCAUAACAUUGCGUUACAUGCUCUGCGGAUGUUUAACAAUAAUCCCACGGUUUUUGGUGACCAAAGGCGUCUGAUCGUAUCUUUUGCGGUUGAAAAUAUCAAUGCAAUCCAAAAGCUUCAGCGUAUGAAGGAGCUCAAGCGACGACGUUUCGCGAGUGAAUCAUAA